AUCUCUCCUUCCUUUCCCUCCCCCUCCUUCCCCCCUUUUCUCUCCCUCCCUCCUGGCUCCCGCAUUUCCCUUCGGCAGCCGGCCGCAUUUCCCUUCGGCGACUCUGGCACCAUGCUCCGGCUCCUCCGGUUGCUGCUGUUACUGCUGCUGCUGCCUCCCCCGGGGUCGCCCGAGCCCUCCGAGCCCCCAGGCCUGGCCCCACUGUCCCCAGGAGCGCUCCCCCAGGCCCCCGAUUUGCUCUACGCCGACGGGCUGCGCGCCUACGCGGCCGGGGCUUGGGCGCGGGCCGUGGCGCUGCUGCGGGAGGCGCUGCGAAGCCAGGCGGCGCUGGGCCGCACGCGGCGGGACUGCGGGGCAAGCUGCGCGGCCGAGCCGGGCGCCGCGCUUCCCGCCCAGCUUCUCGGCGCCCCGGAGCCCCCGGGGUCCUGGGAGACUCUGCUCCUCCGCGCCACGCUCCGCCGCGCCGAUUGCCUGACCCGGUGCGCAGCGCGUAAGUUGGGCCCCGGGGGCGCGGCGCGGCUCCGCGUGGGGAGUGCGCUGCGGAAUGCCUUCCGCCGGCGGGAGCCCUACAACUACCUGCAGAGGGCCUAUUACCAGUUGAAGAAGUUAGACCUGGCAGCAGCUGCAGCACACACCUUCUUUGUAGCAAACCCAACACACUUGCAGAUGAGGGAGGACAUGGCGAAGUACAGACGAAUGUCUGGGGUUCGGCCCCAGAGUUUCCGGGACCUGGAGACACCCACGCAUUGGGCAGCCUACGAUACUGGCCUGGAGUUAUUGGGGCGCCAAGAGGCAGGACUGGCACUGCCCAGACUAGAGGAGGCCCUGCAGGCGAGCCUGGCUCAGAUGGAGAGCUGCCGUGCAGGCUGUGAGGGGCCUGAGGAGCAGCAGGGAGCAGAAGAGGAAGAGGCUGGGAGCAGCCCUGGACUCUAUGAGGCCAUUGCAGGGCACUGGAUUCGGGUCCUGCAGUGCCGGCAGCGCUGUGUGGCCGACACAGCCACCCGUCCUGGUCGCAGCUUCCCUGUCCCCGACUUCCUUCCUAGCCAGCUGAGGCGGCUGUAUGAGGCCCAUGCUCAAGUGGGGAAUCUGUCUCAGGCCGUGGAAAAUGUCCUCAGUGUCCUGCUCUUCUACCCGGAAGAUGAGGCAGCCAAAAGUGCUCUGACCCAGUACCAAGCUGAGCUAGGAGAGCCGAGACCCGGCCUUGGACCAAGAGAGGAUAUCCAGCGUUUCAUCCUGCGGUCCCUAGGGGAGAAGAGACAGCUCUACUAUGCCAUGGAGCACCUGGGUACUAGCUUCGAGGACCCCGAUUCCUGGACCCCAGUAAGCUUCAUUCCUGAGGCACUGAGGGAAAAGCUCAGAGAGGAUCAAGAGACGAGGCCUUGGGACCACGAGCCUCCACAGCUGAAGUCCUUGACCUACUGGAAGGACGUCCUCCUCUUGGAGGGAGUGACCCUGACCCAUGAUGCCACACAACUGAAUGGGUCGGAGCGAGCGGUGUUGGAUGGGCUGCUCACCCCGGCCGAGUGCGGGGUACUGCUGCAGCUGGCCAAGGAUGCAGCUGGGGCUGGAGCCAGGUCUGGCUAUCGUGGUCGCCGCUCCCCUCACACCCCCCAUGAACACUUUGAAGGGCUCACAGUACUCAAGGCUGCGCAGCUGGCCAGGGCUGGGACUGUGGGCAGCCAGGGUGCUAAGCUGCUCCUGGAGGUGAGCGAGCGAGUGCGGACCUUGACCCAGGCCUACUUCUCUCCGGAGCGGCCCCUGCAUCUUUCCUUCACCCACCUGGUGUGCCGUAGUGCCAUAGAAGGAGAGCAAGAGCAGCGCAUGGACCUGAGUCAUCCUGUGCAUGCAGACAACUGCAUCCUGGAACCUGACACUGGGGAGUGCUGGCGGGAGCCCCCAGCCUACACCUAUCGAGACUAUAGUGGCCUCCUCUACCUCAAUGAUGACUUUCAGGGUGGGGAUUUGUUCUUCACGCAACCAAAUGCCCUCACUGUCACGGCUCAGGUCCGUCCUCGCUGUGGACGCCUCGUGGCCUUCAGCUCUGGUGGGGAGAAUCCUCACGGUGUGUGGGCUGUGACACGGGGCCGGCGCUGUGCCCUGGCACUGUGGCACACGUGGGCACCUGAGCACAAGGAGCAGGAAUGGACAGAAGCCAAAGAGCUGCUGAAGGAGCCAGAAGAGGAGGAAGAGGAGGACGAGGAGGAAGAAGGAGGGGAGAUGCCUAGCAGGGACCCUUCCCCAGAACCCCCCAGCCGCAAGUUUCAGCGAGUCCAAGACAAAGCUGGGAAGCCACCUCGGGUCAGAGAGGAGCUGUGAGUGGCUGAACCAGCUCCUUGGGGAUGUGGCCACUUGACUUGUGAAGCGACUCACAAGAACCUCCGAUGUGACAUCAGGAACACAACAGCAAGCUCUCUGUCCCUGCACACCACCAUCUUGGGGACAAAGGACAAGGGCCAUUGAGCCUGGACUCAGAGAACACUGCACAGAUGUAGCUUAGAGCUCACUGGGCUGGCCCCAGCUCACGGACCCGUAGCCUUACGGCAGGCAGAGGACACCAUGCCUCUAUGAAAGGAAAUGGCAAGGGUGGGAGGCUGACUGCUUCAGUGGGAAUAAAGGAGAGAGAACCUCAUCCUCUCACCCAGCCUGUGCAAUAAAGAAUGUAGAGACUCUCAGCCAGGACCCAGCGGUGUAUCACAGUUUCUGUGGUGGCUGGAGAUGGGGGUACUGUGGCCAGCCUG